UCAGCGGUUAGAGAGAAGAGAGAAGCAAAAGGAGAACGGUGAAACGCGGAGGAAUCGGGUAUCGGUAAAUGAGUUUAAGCGUACCGAGGUUGCCGGACUCGCAUCCCACGCGUCAGAUCCACGUACCCAGGCGGGUACGGUAGUUACUAGGGCACAGACCAGCGUCAAGAUAAAGUCAGUGAGAGCGGUACCCCAGGAUGCGCAGGAACGGGUGGUGCCGUUAGUGGUGUCCAACAGCUCGUCGGAGAGGCGAGUGAAGGGAGAAGGGGGCCACGAACACGGGCCCCAAAAGGGCCUGCUGGAUGGUCUAGCUCGCGAGCAGCCAUCGUCAGUGGCCGAUUCGCGGAUCGACUCGGUGGUGAAUAAGGGAAACGAGACGAUCGAAUCGUCGUCUAUUAAGGAGGACCUCGGUACCGCGUGCGCUGGUCCAGGUCGAACGGAAUCGGAUGCUGGACGAGUAUCGACUUCCCUCACGGUGGACGAAUCGAAAGCCUGCGAAGCUUUGAGGAUCGAGUGCGGUGUAGCGUUGAAUCGUACGCCGGUGUUGGUCCAUCAGUGGCGACACCAGCAAGAAGAGGCGAACGCCGCGUUGGAUCUGCAGCUGAUAGCGGACGGCAGCUCGGAGGUCCGCUCGAAACGGUCGAGAAAAACGUCGGCCAACGUCGAGGAAUCGUUGGAAAGGAGAGGAGGACAGUGUCCGGCGCACAGCAGGCAUAGAGUGUCGGCGGCUGGCGUCUCGAGGCAUCACGCGGACAGCACGCGAAGGAAUUCCAAUCGAUCGUGUCGGGUUCAUGGUCGACGGAGGGACCGGUCGCGAGGUAAAGCCACGGAACGACAGAAUCAAGAUACCAGAGAUUUGACGGUGAACGAGUUCGAGUGUUCGGUUAUACGAUUGGAACAGGACCCGAUCCUCGAACCGGUAAGAAUACUGGGCUGCCCGCCCGCCGAAGGACUCGAGAUAUCCUCGUUCCUCGAGCCAGCGCCCAGCUACGGUUAUCCGGGCAUCAACGUAUCUCGUAUAGGAAACGGUGAGGCAGCCUGCUUCAGCCUGUACGAUCCUAACAAUAUUCUACCGAAGAGCCGCGCCGGGAGCAUCGCCAAAAUCCUCGAGGGACCUAAUCGCGCGGUGAAGGACAUUAACCGGAAGGUGUUGGCGAUGGCGCGUGCCAUGACGCCCGCUUGGUCCCUACGUUUACUCGGCGUCAGCUGCGGUUCCGUCGUCUGCGCCUGGGGACUAUUGCUGAUACUGUCCGUGCUGGGCGGUGGCGCCUCUCAUGGUACCGCCCUCAGUGGAUUCGGUCUCGGAAGUUUGUCAGGAACUAUAGAGGACAUGAACAGUGUUAGAUGCCCAUGGUUGUGCACGUGUACCGGACAGGAGGUCGACUGCUCUCAUCGGGGACUUUUGCAGAUUCCUGGAGACCUGGCCAGCAUGCUCCUCGCCGAAAAACUGGACCUGCAAGGGAACAAUAUCUCGGUGAUAUUCAAGACGGACUUUGAAGACAUGGCCACACUUCACGUUCUUUGGCUAUCGGAUAAUCAGAUUCACACCAUCGAGAGAAGUGCCUUCCAUGAUUUAGUCGGUGUCGAGAAGCUGCGUUUGAACAAUAACCAGCUACGCCAUCUUCCUGAUCUUCUCUUCAGCAACAUGAUGAACCUGAAAAGACUGGACCUCAGUCAUAAUCAAAUCGCCACCAUUGGUCCGAAGACUCUCAGAGGAAUUUCAUCUUUGAAAUACUUGCUUCUCGAUAACAACGUAUUGACCUGCAUCGACGAAGCAUCGAUACGAGAAUUAAAGGACCUAGAAAUAUUAAUGUUAAAUAAUAAUAGGCUAACAACGUUGGGCAAAGAAAUGUUGAAUGGUAUGUCACAUCUGCGAACAUUGAAGCUAGUUGAUAAUGCACUUUCAUGCGACUGCCAUUUGGCCUGGCUUUCACGACACUUGAAGACCUAUCCUCGUCUUGGACAACAUACACGUUGCGCCUCCCCGAUUCAUUUAAAGGAUCGAAAUAUCGCUGAUUUACAGGAGCACGAGUUCAAGUGUUCCGGGCCGGUUCAGCGGACAGGAUCAGAGUGCAGCGCGGAACCGCAAUGCCCGCAUCCUUGCAGAUGCGCCGAUGGUAUCGUCGACUGCAGGGAGAAUUCUUUGACGAAGGUGCCCACCCAUCUUCCCGAGGACACAAACGAGCUACGUUUGGAGCAGAACAGCAUCACGGAAAUCCCGCCGAAGGCUUUCUCUCCGUACAGAAAACUACGCAGGAUCGACCUCAGUAACAAUCAAAUAAAAAAGGUGGCUGCAGAUGCGUUUCACGGUUUGAAAUCGUUGGAAACACUUGUUCUGUACGGGAACAAAAUCACCGAACUGCCGAACGGUUUGUUUCAAGGAUUAACCAAUUUACAACUACUGCUGCUGAAUGCGAACGAGAUAUCCUGCAUACGAACCGAUCUGUUCCGAGAUCUGACCAGCCUGACUCUGUUGUCAUUGUACGAUAACAACAUCAGAUCCCUGGCCAAUGGAACUUUCGCCAAUCUACGGAGCAUUGAAACGCUACACUUGGCAGAAAACCCGUUCAUCUGCGAUUGCAAUCUUCGAUGGCUGAACGUUUACCUUCACGCGCACCCUAUCGAGACGUCGCAAGCUAAAUGCGAGUUGCCGGAAAAAUUGCACAAGCGGAAGAUCGAUUCGAUAAGGGACCACAAGUUCAAAUGUAAGGGCGACGAAGAGCUCUUGACGAAGAGGGCUGGCGAGUGUAUCCUGCCCGGCGAAUGUCCAGCCCCGUGCGUUUGCAAUGGUGCAACCGUCGAUUGCUCUAACAAGAAGCUAACAUCGAUACCAAAGGAACUACCAAUCUACACAUCUACCUUACUGUUGGCCAACAACGAGCUGGAUAAGAUCAAAGCAGAUGGUCUGUUCGAGAAAUUGCCCGAGUUACAGCAUUUGGACCUGAGGAAGAAUAAAAUAUCGCGUAUCGAGGCGUCUGCUUUUCAAGGAGCCCAUAAACUCACCUAUCUACUCUUGUCGGAGAACAGGCUGAGGGAAGUUCACAACAAAAUGUUCACCGGGUUGACGAAUCUUAAGACUCUGAACCUUCACGGAAACGCUAUAACCUGCAUCAUGCACGGCUCGUUCGACGGAUUGACUCAUAUACGUACCAUCAACAUGCAAGGCAAUCCUUUGUCGUGUAAUUGUCAUCUCGCGUGGUUCGCCGGAUGGCUUAGGAAACGAGACAUGUCUGGCGUGGUGGGACACUGCCAUGACCCGCCACGAUUGAAAGACGCGAUCAUUAAGGAUAUACCUCAUCACGAGUUUAAAUGCAACAACGACAGCGUGGGUUGCUUGGGAGACGAUUACUGUCCACCCCAAUGUAAUUGCGCGGGGUCAGUGGUGAGGUGUUCGAGGUCUCAACUUACAGAGAUUCCACGUGGGAUUCCACCGGAAACCACCGAGUUGUAUCUGGACGUGAACGACAUCAAGACGAUCCAACCGGAGAGACUGAACCACCUGAGGAUUCUUACUAAACUGGACCUGAGCAACAAUCAGAUAGGAAUGUUGUCGAAUGACACCUUCAGGAACCUCACGAAAUUGUCUCACUUAAUUAUCAGCUACAAUAAGUUGCAGUGCGUCCAACGCAACGCUUUGGCCGGCUUGAAAUCACUGAGAAUAAUGUCUCUCCACGGCAACGACAUAUCGGUGAUCCCCGAGGGCGCGUUCGAGGAUCUUAAAUCUAUAACUCACCUCGCUCUGGGGUCCAACCCGCUCUACUGCGAUUGUAGCAUGCGAUGGUUGGCCGAAUGGGUGAAAAAGGACUUCGUGGAAGCCGGUAUCGCGAGAUGUAUGGAACCCCCGGCGAUGAGGGACAAGUUACUCCUGACGACACCCGCGAUCGCGUUCCAAUGCAAAACCAACCAACAGCCAGCCGAAGUCUUGGCCAAGUGCGACCUGUGCUACACCUCGCCGUGCCAAAACGGAGGAUUUUGCGAGGCGCUCCCGGACCGGAAGUUCCGUUGCAAGUGCGCGCCAGGAUAUCAUGGGGACCGGUGUGAACAUAAAAUUGACGCGUGCUUUGGAAAUCCUUGCCGGAACUCCGGAACAUGCAAAGUACUGGAGGAAGGAAGAUUCAGUUGCGACUGCGCCCCCGGGUACAAGGGACUUCGAUGCGAGAACAACGUCGACGAUUGCGAGAACAACAAAUGCGCCAAUAACGCAACCUGCGUCGACCUCGUACAAGCCUACAGAUGCGACUGCGUCCCAGGAUUCAUGGGCGAAUACUGCGAGGACAAGAUACCCUUUUGCACAAAAGGACACGACCCAUGCGAAAACGGGGGCCGAUGCGUCGAUCACGGGUCCCACUAUAGCUGCGAAUGCCCAAUCGGCUUCACCGGCCUCAAUUGUUCCACAAACUUGGAUGACUGCGUUAAUCAUAUGUGUCAGAACGGUGCUACUUGCAUCGACGGCAUAAACAAUUAUGAGUGUAAGUGCGCGGCGGAAUAUACAGGGAGAUAUUGCGAGGCAGCACCCUCCACUGCCAUGCUUUACCCACAGACUAGCCCAUGUGCCCACCAUGACUGCCAGCAUGGUGCAUGCUUCCAACCAGCUCCCGCUUCCGUCGCGGACUAUCUUUGCCAGUGCCACCCCGGCUACACCGGAAAACGAUGCGAGUACCUGACGAGUUUGAGCUUCGUGGACAACAGCUCGCUGGUCGAGCUGGAGCCACUACGCACGAGACCGGAAGCAAACGUGACCAUCGUGUUCACGACCACGCAGGAAAACGGGGUUCUCCUCUACGACGGCCAAAAUGGCGGCCACAUAGCCGUGGAAUUGUUCAAUGGCCGUGUUAGGGUCUCGUACGACGUGGGCAAUUACCCAACAUCGACGAUGUACAGUUACGAAAUGGUAGCCGAUGGUAAACCUCACGUGGCCGAGCUUCUGGCGAUCAAGAAGAACUUCACGAUGAAGGUGGACCGUGGUCCUGCUAGGAGCAUCAUUAACGAAGGUCCCAAGGAGUACCUGAAGCUUGUCACCCCCAUGUACAUCGGCGGCGUCGCGCCGGAAAUAGCCUACAUCGCGUUUAUGGAGUUUCACCUGAGAAACAUUACGAGUUUCCAAGGAUGUAUUUCUGAAAUGUGGAUCAACCACAAGUUGGUGGACUUCAGCAACGCGGCUAAAAUGCAUCGAGUAUCUCCUGGAUGCAUGUCGAACGAGGAAGAGGCUGACGAAGCGCGAGACGUCGUCGAGGCGGAGGGAAUUAUGGUUAAUAUUGGCAGCAACGAGGAUUCCAUGGCACAAGAGAACAUGGCUCACGAACAUUCCGACAUUGUGAUGACUGGACCAGACACGAUAAUAUCCGAUCCUUGUGCGGGACACGAGUGCAGAAAAGGUUCGCAAUGCGUGCCAUCGCCAGUUGGAAACGGAUACACGUGUCGAUGUCAAACCGGAUGGCAAGGACGGUACUGCGAGAAAGCACCGACUUGUCGUAAGGAACAUACUAGAGAGUAUUAUAGCGAGAACGGAUGUCGGAGUCGACGACCAGUUAAGCUUGCCAAGUGUUGGGGUAGUUGUGGAAACUCGUGCUGUCUGCCACGGAAGACAAAACGGCGCAAGGUACGAUUAAUCUGCGCGGACGGGAUGCGGUACACGAAGGACGUCGAUUUGGUGCGCAAGUGCACGUGCACCCGGAAGUGUUACUAGCCAGGAUCGAGGGACGUCGGGCGCCACAGGUGUUCCAUAAAUACGCGUCGAGACGUAUCGAGACCGAGAGGAAACCCCGGAGAACCGAGACAGUGUCGCAAUUCGAACUUUCCAAGCUCGCGGACACGAGCGAUGCGCCGAGAGUCGAUUGGUCAUCCGUACAACCGUGUUCUCGACUCAUCCUCGUGGUACGCGUGACAAGAAGAUUUUUGGCCAAGCUGGGACUAUCUGUCAUUAAAAGAAAAAAAAAACGAAUAAAAAAACGAACUGUCAGCCAUGGCCGAAAUCUACGAUGGACAUAUGAAAAAAAAGAAAAAAAAAAAAGAAACACACAAGCCGGCUCAGUGUGAUAUGUAUAAUCGAACGAGCAGAAAGAAGUAUAUUAACUAUUAAUAUCGUGCGUACGUGGACUAUUGAUUACGAAGAACAAUUCAAUGCAUAACUAGGUAUUAUAUUAAUCGACGUGCAUAUGUUCAACGAUGAUUAGGAGAGUGGAUAACGGUGCGAGAACAUGGGACCGCUGAUCAUACACAUUAACGCAUGUACACGAAUGUGUUCGAAGAUUUGCUGAUACCAAGCAGAAUCGUUCGCUCAGUGUGAAAUAGAUCUAAUGGAUGAUAGCGAUUUAUUGUAAAGAAUUCACGUUUAAUAUUGUUGAGGUCUUUCAGACGUUUCCCUCUUCAUUCAGUGUGUUCCAUUGUCAAUGGUAGGAUACGAUCGAAGUUAUCUUUUGGAUCAAAAAGUAUUGGCGCACUUUACUUCUAUUAAAAUAAUUUUAUUUUAAAUAAAGCACAUUGCAUUAAUGAUAUUUCAAUCUCAAUGUAACUAGAUGUGCCAAUGCUUUCUGGAUUCACUGUAAUUACUUCAGAAUCAACUUUUCCGUUUUCCAAUGUGCCCACGAAUCGUUCUGAAAGAUCAAUAUAUUUCGUAGUAAGAUUUCACACUUUGUGGUGUAAAAGAAAGCUUUGCUAGCGAGUUUAAGCUUCGCGCAACUAUGUUUCCGGAUCCGUUGCAUGCUCGCAAUCAUUUGUAAUUGUAAGUUGUAACGCGGUCAAACAGAAGUGUAAAAAAAUAACUUCAAAAUGUAUUAGGAAUAUUAAAAAGAAAGGGAAAACCUUCUCCAAGUUUAACUGUGGAACUCGAUGGUUUGUUAGGUCUAUUGUCCUCUGAGUAAACGUUUAAUAGUGAACAAGUUCUCGAACAAUGAUCGACGUCUGGCAGAUGAUUCGGGGAUCGAAAAAGGAAGCAUUUCCAUGUCGACUCGUUUCGUGUCUUGAUUAUCCAUUUCUUUUCAUUUUUUUGUUUUUUUUACGAAUAUUUAUAACUUCUCGGUAUUUUAGUGGGAUAAUUUAACGAAGAGCGUGUUUAAAAGACGUACAGGUGUUUCUUGCCUUUUUCAUUCAUAAUUUAUUAUUCAGUUUAACCCUUUUAACCCGACAUCCUUGCACUAUAAAUAAACUUUAAUUUGAAAUAUUAUUACAAAUUUCUGCAAGCUACUUAAAUUUCCAUUUAUAAAAUUAACACAAAAUUUAAGUACUGAGAUAUAAUAACCAACUAUUGCGACUGUAAUUGGAUAAACUAUGCUCUAAUAUUUAUUUAUUUAUUUAAUUGUACAAAUUAAUGUCGAGUUAGAAGAGUUAAUUAAAAAUCUACGAUUCGAUGUACAUUUUUGUCUCAGAAAGGUAUGAAAAUUUCUUUCUGCGAUUGAAUACUUGAAAAAGAUAAGAAACAACCGGGAGCAACCUGAGGUCUCCAGAAGUGAAAAGACCAUAAACGACUCUUGGAACCUCGAAUUCUUCAUUCCACGGCCUAACGUUUCGUUUUCGAGGUUCGAUCGAAGUCGAAUUGCGCGAGAAAAAUGGUCCAAAAAAAAUUUGUACGACCACGUGUGAAAAGUAAAAUGAAAGAAAAACGAAUUGCGAGCGAACGAGGGGACGAGUACAGCUAACUCGUCCACAAAAGAGGAUCAAGUAAUUAUUUUUGUAUGAGCGAAUUAUUUAAUAAUCGAACGUCGACGAUGAUUUCAGCGAUUGUUUUUCAUCGAUCUAAUAAGCGUGAUUCGUUCGAACUAUUAGGUUGUUGCAAAUGAAAUGGAUGAUUCAUUUCAACUCGGAAAAAUUUAUAUUUUUUUUCAAGUCACAAGUCGUUUAAUAUUAUAUAUUUUGUAUCGGAUUCGGUCCUAUUUUU